AUGGCGACUUACGAAACCGAACACGACACCACCGAUCCGGCAUUCGCCAACGAUGGUCCCCGUCGCCGCCGUCCCGAUCUCUCCACGUUCUUCGCAACGCUCUCCGAAAUCACACCCGGCCCGGAUCACAGACCUCAUGCCGUCCCUGUACCGGGCGACGUGAGCGCCGCCUUCUACUCACUGGCAGAAGCGUUCGAGGUCAUGCGCCGGGAUGCUUCCACGACGGCUGCACAGUCUGGCGACGGGUCAAAUGGCGAUGAGCUUUUGACCCAGAUGAUUCAGACUUUGCUCAGCGAGGCGGACACGCCUCCGAGGGAAGUAGAGGGGGUCAGUGAGGAAUUCUGCGAUACUGCUGACGGAAGCGCCCCCGUCAUGACUACAGUGCUCGACCGUGUGCCCAAGUCAUCCCUGGACAAGUCCCAGGUCUGCCCCAUCUGCAACAAUCCCUUCUUGGAGGAUGAAUACCCGCUUGUCGUGCGACUGCCAUGCCACCCUACACAUCUGUUCGAUCUCGAAUGCGUGCGCCCGUGGCUUCGCCUGCGGGGCACCUGUCCGCUUGACCGGACCGAUUUUGCCAAGCAGCUGCGCGACAAGGACGCCGAGCGGAAGAAGCUGGUUGAAGAGGAUGACGAGGAGGAGUGGGAUGGCAUGUAUGGUUAA